AUGUCAACACAAUUGUUGUCUUGGAGCAUAUUCAGCUGCCUCAAGAUGCCUGACUUUAAGGGUUUCUGCAAGCUGCUCCCUAAGGAGGGUUGGUUGGACUCCCUGUCUUGCCCUUUCCCUGACGCCGGAGAGUAUCCCUUGACCAAUGCGGACUCCAACUGGGUCACUGGUAUUGACCCUCACCUCUUUGGUGCCCUGGCCCUCUUAAAAACUGACUCCUCCGGUUGCUCUGCCCAGGUAUUUGAUUCGCCGCAUUUGCCUGUUCGAGUUGGCAACAGAGUUCGAAAACGUUUAGAUGCCAGGACUAUUGUUCGAUUGGUUCGAAGUUUAGAGGCUCCAAUUGGUAAUGUUGCAUAUAUAAAGCAAUCUAUCCCCUUUCCAAAAGAUAGGAAACAAUUAUGUUCUUAUUUCCUAAUUUCGGGCUGGUGGAGUGGAGGAUUUGGGUAUGGAUUAUGGAUCGGGAUACUAGUUGCCUCAGGGUUUUUUGUAGUUCCAGUGUCAUCUUUGUUGUGGAAGAAAGAGUUUGAACUCACUGGAGCUGGCUCUACAAAGGUUGGUAUAUUAGUGUUAUUAUUUAAUGAUUGAUUCAUGCCUAUUAACCAAAUUAUAAUUGGAGAUAAACAAGGUAAACAGUGCAUUUAUGCAUGCAUAGAAGUGA